AUGGCAGUCACUGUUGACGGCCAUUGCGAAGAAAGAUUUGAAGCCGUGCGGAGCCUUCUGCAGAACUAUCUCGAGUCUGGUGAAGAAUUGGGCGCGUCGAUUGUCGUCAACGUCGAUGGUGAUGAUGUCCUUGAUCUCUGGGGAGGAUUUGAGACCCGCGAUCAUUCGAAGCCGUGGGAACGCGACACGAUAGUGAAUGUCUUUUCAAUGACCAAGACGGUCUUGUCGUUUGCUUUGCUUCUCCUGGCAGACCGAAAGCAGCUCAAGUUGACCGACAAGGUGGCCAAGUAUUGGCCCGAGUUUGCUGCGAAUGGGAAGCAAAAUAUCGAGAUCCGGCACAUCAUGUCCCAUACCUCCGGCACGGCAUCGGGAUAUCAAUCGCUGACGUCUGGGUACUUGGCCGGCGAAAUUGUGCGACGAGUCUCUGGCAAAAGUCUCAAACGGUUCAUUGCAGAAGAUAUAUCAGCCCCGCUUGGAGCGAACUUUCAGCUGGGGUGUCAAGAACGGGAUGAGCCACGCAGGAGCGACAUAUUCCCGCCUCCGAUGGACUUUCCGCCAAUCGAGCCUGGUUCAAUCAUGGCCAAAACAUUGUCCAAUCCUCAGAUGGAGAUGGACUUUGCCAAUAGCUUGGAGUUCAGAAAGGCCGAGAUUGGAUCUGGCAAUGGUCACACCAACGCGAAGGGCAUCAAUCGAAUCAUGUCUGUCAUUUCGAGACACGGCCGCGCCCCGGAUGGGCAGGAAGUUCUGUCUGAAACCACUGUCAAUCAGGUCUUCCAGAUUCAGGUGGACGGACCUGACCAGGGAUUGAAUUUCGGGUCCCCAUCCGCUGGGGUACGGGCUUCGCUCUGCCCUCGGCGGGUACAUGGAUCGACUGGAUUCCCUCGGGAAGAAUCUGCACCUGGGGUGGAUUUGGCGGCUCAAUCGUGA